AGCUCCCGGCGUGCCUCGCGGCGGUGAGGCCGGGCGGCCCGGCCCGGUGUGGCGGCCCUGAUGGCGGCGGGGCCGCCCGUGGCCUAUGUGUACAGCCCGGAGUACGCGGCACUCUGCGACUCCCUCUGCAAAGUCCCCAAACGGGCCAGCAUGGUGCACUCGUUGAUCGAGGCGUAUUCCUUGCUCGACCACAUGAUGAUAAUCAAGCCCAAAAUGGCUUCCAUGGAGGAGAUGGCAAGCUUCCACACAGACGCUUACCUGCAGCACCUGCAGAAGGUCAGCGAGGAGGGGGACGAUGACCACCCAGAGUCUGUGGAGUAUGGACUGGGUUAUGACUGUCCAGCUACAGAAGGGAUCUUUGACUACGCAGCAGCUGUGGGGGGUGCCACCAUCACCGCAGCCCAGUGCCUGCUGGAUGGCAAGUGCAAGGUAGCAAUAAACUGGCCUGGAGGGUGGCAUCACGCAAAGAAAGAUGAAGCUUCUGGCUUUUGUUACCUGAACGAUGCUGUCCUGGGGAUCCUGCGACUGCGCCAGAAAUUUGACCGCAUCCUCUAUAUUGAUUUGGAUUUGCAUCACGGGGAUGGUGUUGAAGAUGCCUUUAGCUUCACCUCGAAGGUCAUGACUGUUUCUCUGCACAAGUUUUCACCAGGAUUUUUCCCAGGCACAGGAGAUGUGACGGAUGUUGGCCUGGGGAAAGGUCGCUAUUACAGUGUGAACGUGCCUAUUCAAGAUGGCAUUCAAGAUGAGAAAUAUUACCAGAUCUGUGAAACCGUGCUGAAGGAGGUGUAUGCCGCCUUCAACCCCGAGGCAGUGGUGCUACAGCUGGGGGCUGACACCAUUGCUGGAGAUCCCAUGUGCUCCUUCAACAUGACGCCCGAGGGAGUGGGCAAGUGCCUGAAGUAUGUCCUGCAAUGGCAGCUGGCAACUCUCAUCCUGGGAGGAGGAGGCUACAACCUUGCCAACACAGCUCGCUGCUGGACGUACUUGACUGGGGUCAUCCUUGGCAGAACGCUGUCCUCUGAGAUCCCUGAUCACGAGUUCUUCACAGAGUAUGGUCCUGACUACGUGCUGGAGAUCACACCCAGCUGCAGACCGGACCGCAAUGAGCCACAGAGGAUUCAGGAAAUUCUCAACUUGAUCAAAGGCAAUCUGAAGCACGUGGUUUAGUGAAGAUGGGAAGGCUCAGGUUCCUGCAACAGCAUUUCCCUGUUGGAGAGACGUUUCCAGAGCAGCUGAUGACAUUUGUCGCUGCGGGAGGAAUAUGAAGAGGUUACUGUUGGUUCAUUGGUGAAUCUGUUUCUCUUUAAAAAAGCAAAGCCUGCUGUGUGCCACGAAUCUCCAUGGGUGGGACAGUGAGCCCUCCAGCCACAGCUUCCCUGUGCCAGCAGAGCCUCUCUUGUUCGUUUCACUUUUUUAACAUGGUUAAAGUUUAUUCUCACCACUGGUUUUAAAUGGUUUUGAAGAGAGAGGCUGCUGUGUUUUAAACACAUGGGUGGGUUUUUUCCCCCUCCCCCUCAACAUAAACUAUUUGAAAUACU